AUGCUGCGCUCCCUAGUCGACGCACUCGCCGUCGCUCCGACGGCAGAGGGAGCUUCAUCUUUCUUGAUCAACAAUGACAUCCGUCCCCUGCCGCCGUCGAGACGCUCCUGGGGCAGGCUCUCUUAUAUCUCGUUCUGGGCAAUCAACCAAAUCUGCCUAUCGAAUUUCCAAAUCGGCUCUUCUCUGGUUGCCAUUGGGCUUUCGGUUUGGCAGGCCGUGAUCGCCAUUAUCCUAGGCAAGAUUAUCAUCGCCCUGGUGGCCGUCUCCAACGGUUAUGUUGGGGCGACAUGGCACAUCGGAUUCCCUGUCUGGUCCCGCGUGGUUUGGGGCGUGUACGGUUCGUACGUUGCUAUCGUUCAGCGGAUCUUCCUGGCGAUUAUCUGGCAGGCCACGCAGGCAUGGACCGGAGGCCUCUGCGUGACUACCGUGCUGAGUGCCAUUUUCUCCGGAUUCCAGCAUCUAGAAAAUACCUUUCCCGAGUCAUCUAACCUUACAACCAAGGAGUUCAUUGGCUGGGUCAUUUACAAUGUCCUCACCGUCCCUAUGCUCUGGGUGCCCCCGGAGAAGACCAACAAGUCCCUGGCGGUCAUGAAUGUGAUCUCCUUUGCCACCUUGCUGAGUAUGAUGAUCUGGGUGCUCGCCAAAGCACACGGCGGUGGUCCGCUACUCUCCGAGCCUGCCACGCCCAUGUCAUCCAGCCGGUUAGGCUGGUCGAUUGUCAACGGUGUCACCACCGUCAUCGGCAAUAUCGCCGUCGGCCUCACCAACCAGCCAGACUACUCUCGAUUUGCGCGGAAACCCGGAGAUCAAGUCUUCGGACAGUGGUUCUCCAUCAUCUUCUUCGGCAUCCUCAUGCCCGUCUUUGGCUGCCUGACAUCGUCUGCCACCCUCCAGAUUUACGGCGACGCGAUAUGGAACCCCCCGGAUUUGGCAUUGAAAUGGCUGGACACGGACUACAACUCCAAGUCCCGGGCUGCUGCGUUCUUUGCCGGUGUUGGACUGGUCAUCUGCCAACUGGCCAUCAACACAGUCGACAACUCGUUUUCCGCUGGCAUGGAUCUGAGUGGUCUCUUCCCGCGAUUCAUCAACAUCCGGCGCGGCUCAUACAUCGGCCUGAUCAUCUCCAUCGCCAUAUGUCCUUGGGACCUCCUUGCCAGCGCGGGCACAUUCCUCAGCGUCAUGUCCGCAUACUCAGUCUUCCUUGGGCCUAUGUGCGGCCUCAUGGUUGCCGAGUACUGGGUCAUCCGAUCCCGCAAAGUCAAGUUGAGCGAUCUAUAUCAUGCCCGCGAAGGAGGCAUAUACUACUACUGGCACGGAUUCAACUGGCGUGCCUUUGUUGCGUGGGUAGUCGGUUUCACUCCUCAAUUACCGGGCUUCAUCGCAUCCAUUAAUACCAGCGUCGUUGUCCCCGCAGGCUGCACGGAUCUGUAUCAUCUGGCCUUUCCAUUGGGGUUUGCCAUCAGCUUUGUGAUAUAUGUUGCAUUAAAUAAACUUGCCCCGCCGCAGGGACUAGGGGAAUAUGAUGAUGUGGAUUAUUAUGGCACAUUUGAUGAGCAGGAGGCUCGGGCUUUGGGCGUUGCGCCGUUGGAGCUGGUGGAUGAGGUGGAUAUUACUCAGAAGAAUUAUACAUCAGAGACGGUCCAGGAAAAACAAUGA